AUGGCUAGAGUCCACAUAAACUCUGCCACUUUUGAGGAAUUGUUAUCAAUUCCAGGGGUAGGGGCUAAAAUUGCCGCAAAAAUUUGGGAAUUGAGGGAGGAUAAAGGAAUUCUGGAGUUGGAGGACCUACGGGAGGUUCCUUAUAUGAGAAUAACGGAGGCAGCUCUAGAAUCUAUGGAUUUUAGUACCUCCCUGCCACCCAACAGGGGGUCUAAUAAAUUUUGCAAAGAGGAGAUAGGGCAUCAAGAGAAGGUGCAAAGGAUUGAUAGCCUCAUACAGGCCAGGGGUAGGGGGCAAACAGAGUAUCCCAGUCAAUCAGUAGAAACACCCAGAGCCAGGGAGUCCGUGUCCACAUCUCCAUCCCAACACAUCAAUUUCCAAGAUGGUGGGGAACUUAACCGGGGUUUCAGGGAAGACAUGGGGACCCACCAGGACCGAUGGGACAGGCCCAUGGGUGCUUAUGGGGGUCCAAGAGAUUACAAGUAUGAAGGGGAAACACCUCGGUCUAGAUAUAACAAUGCCGGAGAUACAGGAAGGGGAAGAGGGGGUUUUCAAAACCAGUUUAUUGAUAAUGAGGGUCCAAGGCUCAGAGAUGCCCAGCCGGAGAGCGAGGCUCCGGCAUCAAGGCACGCCAGUAGCAUGGGGUACCCCACAGGGUCAGGGGAACCCAGACGGGGAUAUGGGGACCAGAGAAGCUCUCGUCGGGAUGCAUAUGACCACCAGGGGAACAUGGGAGGGUCAGAUAACCAAAGACAGAGGGGGUCUAUGGGGGUUAGACCUCCCAUCCUACAAAAGAGCUUAAAGUAUGAUGGGAAAACUAAUUGGCAGGCUUUCUAUGCCAAAUUUUCCCGAUUAUGCCAGGUUAGUGGGUGGUCUUCAGGGGAGUGCAAGGAUCAAUUGUGCUGGUCCCUUGAUGGGAAACCCAGUGAGUUUUAUGCCUUGCUCGUGGAAAGAAGGCAUGACUUGUCUUAUGAAGACUUGGUGAGUAAGUUGGCCAAACGAUUUGGGUUCAAUGAGUUGCCAGAAACAGCCCAAGUCCAAUUUAACAUUGCCAGGCAGGGUGGGGAUGAAACCUUAGAGGACUGGGCCGACAGGGUCCAAUCACUCGCCACAAAAGCCUUCCGUCACCUUCCUGAAGAUCACAUGUACCAGCAAGCCAUCAUGAGAUUGUGUCAGGGGGCCUCAGAUAAGGAGAGGGGAAUGUUGGCCUCCAAUGCCAAACCAAAGAGUAUUGAGGAGGCAGUGGAUAAAAUUCGUAUGCACCAACAUAACCACCAGGCCAUAUAUGACCGUAGUGCCAGAAAAGAAGUAAAAAGUGUAAGUCCUGAGAUCCGAAGCCGGGGUGGGGAUCACUAUACUGUCUGUUCCACAUCAGGACCAGUCCCCAAUAAUGCUCCUUCCAAAAUUAUCCCCAAAGAACAUUCUCCUAAAGAUGUCCAGGAUUUGAAGGACCAAUUUCAUGCCUUCAAGGGGGAGGUAAGUGGGACUCUGGGCAAUAUCAUGUCUGAAAUACAAAAGCUAUCUUUUGCUGUCCGCAAUAAUGCUAGGCCCCCAUCCAGAAGCCCCUCUCCUCGUGCCGGUGGUUGUUUCCAUUGCGGGGAGGCAGGCCACUUUAAAAGGGAAUGCCCAAAGUUUCAAAGGUCUAAUUCUCCUCGACCUGGGGGAAAAAAGGUAACCUUCCAGGACAACAAGGGUCCGUUAAACUCCAACGGGUCGACUCAAGAGGUCUGA